CAAGCCGUGGUCCUGAGCGCUCUUGGCGGAGGACUGGGGUCUAACUAAGGCCCUAUACCCUUAGUUCCAGAAGGUCCCUGUCUACGGGAGCCUUUUCCUUCUAAUUUCUCACACGUAGGCCGGGGCGGCAGGCCGAGGCUCCUUGCCUGGGCCCAGUCCGCCGCCCAGCCAUGCCUAAGAAAGGUAAAAAGUCCAAGGCACCGCUGACCGACGAGGAGCAGCUGCUCCUCUUUCAGCAGAAGUUGCUGGCAGAUGAGGAGGCAGCCAAGAAGAAAGAGCGGCUUCUCGCCCAGUUCUUGAAGGACAAGCUAGCCAAGGAAGAACACAACAGCGCUCUGAACCUUAAUAAGAUUAACACGCAGUGGCGAACUGUCCUCCGGGAAGUGAAGACUAGGGAGCUUCACAAGGACAUCGAGAUCCUCAGCCAAACGUUUGAGCGAGUGGUGGACUGCAAGGACAGUGUCAUCAAGUCUUUGGCUAAAGACCUGACUGAAGCCGAGGAGCAGUACGCCCACGCUCUGCGUAGCCACUUACACAACACUGACCAGCUGCUGACCCUGCAGCGCCGCCGCCUCAGCCUCCUGGAGGAGCACUACAACACGGAGCUGGAAGCCCUAACGAAGGAGUUCGAGACAGAAAGGAAGAUGAUCCUUGACCAUCACGAGAAGGAAAUCCACUACCUACAGGAUGUGUACAUGGCCAUGGAGCAGAACUAUAUAGACUCUGAGUAUGAAAGCAAGCUAGAGUUCCAGAGCAUGUGGGAUGAUCUGAAAAACAAGAAUCUGGAAGAAAAGCAUUUUCUUCGCAUACAACUGGAGAACAUAGUGGAAGAUCUGUGGAGAAAGUUCCAGGACGCGCUCAAGAAUUACACGGACGCCACCGAGGACCAGAAGACCGCCUUUGAGGCUCUGAAGGUGAAGGACGAGAAAAGCUCCAGAGAGAUUGAGAUGCAGAUGAAGAAAAUCCAGAAGCUACAGGAGGCCAUAAGCACCCUGAAAGGGAAGAUCACAGCCCACUGCCGGGAAAAUGAGUGGCAGAACCAGUCUGUCCGGAGCGACAAGGAGCUGGUCCACAUACAGCUUCGAAAACUUAAGGCCCAGAAGACGCAGGCUCGGGGAUUAGCUCAGGAGAACUUAGUCAAGCUCACUCUUGAAAGUAAUGCCGCCCUCAAGGACCUGAAAAAGGUCGUGGAGAAGGGUGAAAAGAUCCUUAAGCUUGCUGAAAUAUGCAGGAAAUUUGAAACAGAGGAAGAAAAAGUACUACCUUUCUAUUCUUCAGUACUGACUCCCAAGGAGCAGGAGAUGGAGAGACAGAACCCAGAGGACCUCACAGAGGACAUUGCCAAGAUCCUGGCGGACUACUCAGGGAUGGAGAACUUCUGGAAGAGAUACAACAAAGUGAAGCUGGAGGUCCUGAGCCUGCGGCACCGGCGGGCACAGCUGGCCGACAUCAGCGGGAAGCUGCGGCAGAUGCUGAAGCAGUACCUGGACGGCAUCUCCGUGAGCGACGAAGUGCUGAGCCAGCUCAACCCGCUCUUCAUUGUAAACCACAGGAGCAACCUGCCGCAGCUGUGCGCACCUGCAGCCCAGCCAGGUGACAGGAGACCUCCAGCCACUCACACUGUCAUCGAAGCAGCCCACGUCGUCUCCCGAAUCCUGUGAUCCAAGGAGGAAACCUCUUUCCAAACCCCAGAGAAGUUUUUUUG